CAUAUCACCUUUAAAUCACCCACAUAAUCGCAGCCUACCGGGGCUCCCAGUGAUCGGAAGAGCAAGUGCAUCCCGCCAUGGCGAAGAGGGAGGUCUGCGCCCACUUUGCGGCUGCCAGCGCGGCACUGGCGGCGACUCCCAGCCAGAACCAGUCAAAGGCCACGAUGACGGACCCGCGCUUUCGCAUACGACCGCUGCAGCAAGUGGCAUCCGCCUGCACCGGCGCCAUGGUGACCGCCUGCUUCAUGACUCCGCUGGAUGUGAUCAAGACCCGGCUGCAGGCCCAGCAGCAGGCGCUGCUUUCGAAUAAGUGCUUCCUCUACUGCAAUGGCUUAAUGGAUCACAUCUGCCCCUGCGGCCCGGACACGCCCAAUCCGGCAGUCGCCAAGCCCGCUCCCCGCUUUUCUGGCACCAUUGACGCAUUCAUCAAGAUCAGCCGCACUGAGGGCGUCGGCUCGCUGUGGUCUGGACUCAGCCCCACGCUCAUCUCGGCCCUGCCCUCCACGAUCAUCUACUUCGUGGCCUACGAGCAGUUCAAGGCGCGCUUCACCGACAUCCAUUACAAGUAUGUAAUGGCCGGCAAAGGGGCGCGCGACAUUCCACUAGCUAUUCCCAUUUUGGUGCCGCUGCUGGCCGGCGUAUCGGCGCGCAUAUUGGCCGUCACCUGUGUCAGUCCCGUCGAGCUGAUCCGCACCAAGAUGCAGUCGCAGCGCAUGACGCACGCCGAGAUGUUCGGCACCAUUCGCCAGGUGGUCCAGUCGCAGGGCAUUUUGGGUCUGUGGCGCGGCCUGCCGCCCACCAUUCUGCGGGAUGUGCCCUUUUCGGGCAUCUACUGGACCUGCUACGAGUACCUCAAGAGCUCCUUCGGCGUGGUGGAGCCCACCUUCAGCUUUAGCUUUGCGGCAGGAGCAAUUUCGGGAUCGGUGGCCGCCACCAUCACCACGCCCUUCGAUGUGGUGAAAACGCACGAGCAGAUCGAGUUCGGCGAGAAGUUCAUAUUCUCAGGUAGGCCCAAUGCUGUUCAGCUUGCAGCUGCAAGCAGAUCCUCCAUUGACAAUGGUUCGGUUUGCAUCACGGCAGAUAAUCCACCAUCCAAGCAACAGCAGCAGGCGGCCACCAAGUCGGUGGCGGUGCGGCUGGCCAGCAUUUACCGCCUGGGCGGACUGCCCGCGAUCUUCUCCGGUUUGGGGCCGCGACUCUUCAAGGUGGCGCCCGCGUGUGCCAUCAUGAUUUCGUCCUUUGAGUACGGCAAGUCCUUCUUCUACCACUACAACAUAGAUCAGCACAAGCGGAGCAACCAGGCGGUGGCCCAGGAAUCGGAACCGGGAUCCUGAACUCCUGCUGAUAGCUACGGCCUUUGUCGACGUGAAAACCCCCCUGUAAAUGUGUACAUUAAUGCCAAAGUUGCCAGGAAAUCGGUGGGCAGGCAUCUCGUCUGCUGAGUUUGGCGAGCCCGUCCAAAUUGUUAAAUUGUAGUGAAAUAAAAUUCUUGUUUUUCCUGGUUCAAAAACACACAACAAACAAGCUGCUGGCCAUUCCUAACCAGCUUAAGCGGAUAAACGGAAGCAAGAGGAAACUGGAAACA